AUGUCGAGGUCCGGGGGACUGUUAUGGCUGGCCUUGUCCUUCACGCCAGUCUAUGCCAUGGUCAACCCCAACGUGCUCCUGUGGACCACCGCUCUGACCAUCCGCUUUCUCCUUAUCGACAGCCAAGCCCAGUACCCGGUGGUGAACACAAAUUACGGCAAAAUCCGUGGCCUAAGAACACCUUUGCCCAAUGAGAUUUUGGGCCCCGUGGAGCAAUACUUGGGGGUUCCCUAUGCCUCGCCUCCCACUGGGGAGAGAAGGUUUCAGCCCCCGGAGCCCCCUUCCUCGUGGACUGGAGUCCGAAAUGCCACCCAGUUUGCUGCUGUUUGUCCUCAGCACCUGGAUGAACAGUCUCUACUCCAUGACAUGAUGCCCAUCUGGUUUACCGCCAACCUGGACACCUUGAUGACGUACGUGCAAGAUCAGAACGAAGACUGCCUUUACCUGAACAUCUAUGUGCCCACCGAGGACGGAGCGAAUACAAAGAAAAAUGGAGAUGAUAUUACCAGUAAUGAUCGUGGGGACGAUGAAGACAUACACGAUCAGAACAAUAAGAAGCCAGUUAUGGUUUAUAUUCAUGGCGGCUCUUACAUGGAAGGUACUGGCAACAUGAUUGACGGCAGUAUUUUGGCGAGCUACGGAAAUGUCAUUGUGAUAGCUGUCAAUUACCGGCUGGGAGUUCUAGGAUUUUUAAGUACCGGAGACCAGGCAGCAAAAGGCAACUAUGGGUUACUGGAUCAAAUCCAAGCCCUCCGAUGGAUUGAGGAGAAUGUCGGAGCCUUCGGCGGAGACCCCAAGCGAGUGACCAUCUUUGGCUCGGGGGCUGGAGCCUCUUGUGUUAGCCUGCUGACCUUGUCACACUAUUCAGAAGGUCUGUUCCAAAAGGCCAUCAUCCAGAGUGGAACUGCUCUGUCCAGCUGGGCCGUGAACUACCAGCCUGCCAAGUAUACUCGGAUCUUGGCAGAUAAAGUGGGUUGCAACAUGCUGGAUACGAUGGAGAUGGUUGAAUGCCUUCGGAAUAAGAACUACAAAGAGCUCAUCCAACAGAGCAUCGCACCGGCCACGUACCACAUCGCCUUCGGGCCGGUCAUCGACGGGGAUGUCAUCCCGGACGACCCCCAGAUCCUCAUGGAACAGGGGGAGUUCCUCAACUAUGACAUCAUGCUGGGUGUGAACCAAGGCGAAGGUCUCAAGUUUGUGGAUGGCAUCGUGGACAACGAAGACGGCGUCACACCCAACGACUUUGAUUUCUCCGUGUCCAACUUCGUGGACAACCUUUACGGCUACCCCGAGGGCAAGGACACGCUGCGGGAGACCAUCAAGUUCAUGUACACGGACUGGGCCGACAAGGAGAACCCAGAGACGCGGCGUAAAACCCUGGUGGCCCUUUUCACGGACCAUCAGUGGGUGGCUCCUGCUGUGGCCACUGCCGACCUGCACGCUCAGUAUGGGUCUCCCACCUACUUCUACGCUUUCUACCAUCACUGCCAGAGCGAGAUGAAGCCCAGCUGGGCGGACUCGGCGCACGGUGACGAGGUGCCCUACGUCUUUGGGAUCCCCAUGAUCGGUCCCACUGAGCUCUUCAGCUGCAACUUCUCCAAGAACGACGUGAUGCUCAGCGCGGUCGUCAUGACCUACUGGACCAACUUUGCCAAAACCGGUGACCCGAAUCAACCCGUUCCACAGGAUACUAAGUUCAUCCAUACCAAACCCAAUCGUUUUGAGGAAGUGGCCUGGUCCAAGUACAACCCCAAAGACCAGCUGUAUCUGCACAUCGGCCUGAAGCCCCGAGUGAGAGACCACUACCGAGCAACUAAAGUGGCUUUCUGGUUGGAACUUGUCCCUCAUCUGCACAAUUUGAAUGAGAUCUUUCAGUAUGUUUCCACCACCACCAAGGUCCCCCCUCCCGACAUGACGUCCUUUCCUUACGGAACCCGGCGAUCGCCUGCAAAGAUAUGGCCCACCACCAAACGCCCAGCCAUCACACCUGCCAACAACCCCAAGCACUCCAAGGAUCUGCAUAAGACAGGCCCAGAGGAUACCACGGUCCUCAUCGAAACCAAGAGAGAUUAUUCCACUGAGCUGAGCGUCACCAUCGCCGUGGGGGCGUCCCUGCUGUUCCUCAACAUCUUGGCUUUCGCCGCACUCUAUUAUAAGAAGGACAAGAGGCGCCACGAGACACACCGCAGACCCAGCCCGCAGAGAAACAACACCAACGAUAUCGCCCACAUCCAGAACGAAGAGAUCAUGUCUCUGCAGAUGAAACAGUUGGAGCACGACCAUGAAUGUGAAUCCCUACAGGCCCACGAUACCCUGAGGCUCACCUGUCCCCCGGACUACACACUCACGCUGCGACGCUCUCCGGAUGACAUCCCACUUAUGACACCAAAUACUAUCACCAUGAUCCCAAACACACUCUCUGGGAUGCAGCCGUUACACACAUUCAACACCUUCAGUGGGGGGCAGAACACUACCAACUUACCCCACGGGCACUCGACCACCAGAGUAUAG